AUGGGUAAGGACAUAAAAGGACCUCUCACCUUGCAUGAAAGGAAAGCAUAUAGUGUCCGUUGGUGGAAGACAAACUUCUCAGAAUAUUCAUCCGAAGAGCUGUUAGAUCCAAACUGUAUUCAGGAUUCCAGUUUCUUCUUUCAUCUGAGACACACAGGUUUUGACACAGUGACUACAACAUUGUCCUGGAGCCUCAUGUAUCUUGUCGUUCAUCCUGAAAUUCAGACAAAGAUCCAAAAAGAAAUAGAUGAAGUCAUUGGCAGAGCACGAAAACCAAACCUACAGGACCGCCAUUUGCUGCCGUACACAGAAGCUUUCAUCCUUGAAGUGUUCAGACAUUCCUCAUUCUUGCCCUUCACAAUUCCCCACCGCACAACCAAAAAAACUGUCUUAAAUGGCUACUACAUCCCAAAGGACCUCUGUGUCUUUGUCAACCAGUGGCAAGUCAACCAUGAUGAGGCUCUUUGGAAAGAUCCAGAUUCCUUCAAUCCAGAGCGUUUCCUCACAGCUGACGGCAAAAACAUCGACAAGGAAGAGAGUGAGAAAGUCCUGACCUUUGGUUUGGGGAAAAGAAAAUGCAUUGGGGAGCAGAUUGCCCGUUGGGAGGUAUUCCUCUUUUUGACCACUUUACUCCAAGAGCUGGAAUUCAGUGUUCCCAAUGGAGUGGAAAUCGACAUGACUCCUAUCUAUAGCCUGUCGAUGAAGCACAAGCGAUGCCCACACUUCCAAGUGAAACAACGUCCUGCAAAGAGUAUCAGUCACUAAAUGGCAAAGAUGUGUCCAAAAACACUUUGGAAUUUUGAUGUAGUAAUACCUGCCUUUGUGCACACAUGCUCCUCAUGCCAGAUUCAGGUCUGGAACAAGCUUUCCUUGCUAAGUGCAUCUGCCACAUUUCCUGGUUGAAAGACCCAAAUGGGGAAAAUCAAUUAUUUUUCGCAAAAUGGUGCAAACAUGAAUUCUGUAACUCAGUUGUCCAGCCCCAAAAUGUACAUGUAUCAAUGCCUAUGGGUUUUGAAGUUCAGAAACACAGAAGUUAUGCAUUUUCAGUGUGAGGAACAUGGAGGAACAAUUACAGUGGGCCCUUGAUAUCCGCUGGGGUUUAGUUCCAGGACCCCUCAUGGAUACCAAAAUCCAUGGAUGUUCAAGUCCCAUACAAUGAUUUAUUUUUUAAAAUACAAUGGCAAAUACAAAUGGCAAAAUCAAGGGUUGCUUUUUGGAAUCUGUACAUUUAAUAUUUUCAAGUCAUGGAUGCUUCGAUCCAUUGAUAAAGAACCAAUGGAUACAGAGGGCUGAUGGUCAUUUUACUCACUUGAAACAAACAUUUGUCUUGAACAGUAAUGUUUUCAAAUUGCCCUGGGUCGCCCUCUGAAUGGAAUCCUGUUGGAGCAUGACACUUGCAUUAGCUUACUUGUGUAAGGAGUAGUACUUAGAAGUUGCAUAAGUGCGGUCCCAAUAAGAGCCAAAUAUUUCUUAAGCACUCGCACAGCCCUUCCUCUUGCUUUGGACUUUGGUGGGUGAGAAGUGAACUGAAUUUUUGCACAGUAGGCAAUUGCAAGGCCUUGGCGCUUGCCAAGCCAUCGGUUGGGUAACUGUAGGAUCUAGUGUAUAUUUACACUGCAUUGCUAAAAGCAGAGUUGUGCCAGUUUUGAUACUAUCACAGGCUCUGAGAUUUCAGGACCAAAGCCUAGGAAGAUACCUGGGGAUGGGUGGAAUAUUUUGAAAAGGGGCCAAUACAUGGAUCAAAUAAAGAAACUGCAAUUCAUAUCAA